AUGGAAAACAAAGAGUUUAAUUCAAUUUUGAGGUCUGUUGGGCAACAAAGUGAAACGGGAAGGCAACUGAAGGAAUACACUGAAAAUGUCUUGUUUCACGUUCUAAAGCGGCACUCGGAUCAAAACGCAACCAGGUUUCAGCCAUAUGGAAGUGCCGCUGAAGAUUUAAAGUGCGUACAACCCAGUGAUAUAGGAGACGUAGAUGUCGUGAUCUUUCCUUGUUCUGAAAACUUGAUGGUUCAUGAAGACAUGAUCGAAUAUUCAGAGAAUCCGAUGCACGUAAGAAUCAAAGGGACAGACCACCCCGUACUACAGUCCUGCCUCCUAGAAGGCACUGAGUAUGUUGCUACUUCAGCUUUAAAGAAUUUCCAUCCAGGGAUUUAUGGCAGUUCAAUGGCCCAAUUCUCAACUUUUCUUGGGCACACAACUCAGCUAAUGUCCCGCAAGGAGACCUCCUCGUUUGGACGGUCACAUUACCAUGUGAAAAACAGCAUUACCAGUCCCGCUUUAACCGUUAACUUUGAAAAAGCGUUUGAUACUUUAUCGGAAUGUUUCCAGUCGCUAAAAGAUCCACAGGAUGUUGCUAAUUUUGACUCUACUUCAUUAGAGUCGAUGGUCCUUCGCAUGUGUACUGCAAGAGAAUUGUACUUUGCCAGGGCGUAUAGUGAAGUUGCAAACGAACUUACAGACUUAGCAAAUGAUUCUGAAAUGGUUUGGAAUGAAAAUGGUGCAAACAUUGUUCCGGGAAUAUUUACAGAGCUUUUCCAGAAAAGUUUUUGGUACGGUGACCUCAAAGGCCGUAUUAUCGAAAACGGAAGUCUGUCACAGCCUAGAGAGGAAGGGGCUAUGGAAAGACAUUGUUCUGACGAUGAAGCUAUGCAUGGUCAGUGUAAUGCUGUGCAAGGAAGCGAAAGUGACAAAGCCCAGCACUCGCAGCAGACGUCGAUAAAUGAGAAUGCAUCAACACCACAAAAGUCAGAUAAAUUCAGAAGACGCACAGACGACGUCGAAUCUGUUACAAGCAAACUGGCAGCAGUUACUCCAGCGGAUAACUGGUCGAAAUUCAAAGUCAAAAACAUUGUGGGUGCACGAGCAGGAGUGGAAAUAACCAAUAGUAGCGACACGAAACAGGGCGGACAGGCUGCUCAAAAAGAAGAUCCGAACAAUUUACUGGCGAGGGGAAAAAAGCAGGUUUUAAGAAGAGAAAAGCUUAUCUAUAAAAAGCACCCACCGCGCAAUGCAACUGGUAACCAAGAAGAGAGAGCCAUACUCGAGGAAUGCUCAGUUGCACCCUGCCCCUCAGUAAGAAAUCCAGUUGGAAGAAUAACCGAAGCAAUCGAGGAUUCCUUACAGGAAAGACAACUCAUAGACACCAGUGAAGUGCAAAAUCUUAAGGUAGAAGGCGGUGUUGACUUUGUGCCUGCUUUGAAAUCCCCAGGAUGGCCAAAAGUUGCACAAGAAUGGACGACAAGAGAACGUAAAUGGCCGUCCCAAGACGUGGUAGACAAAAUUGUCCAGGAAGGGUUUCAUUUGGUGGUAAAGCCUUCAAAGACGAGUGUCAAGAAAGAUUGCGACUUCCGAUUAUCGUUUGGUCAUGCUGAGUAUCUCUUAAGCCAAGAGAUGAACAACGUACAGCGUGAAUGCUAUCGUUGCCUGAAGAAAUAUCAUCGGGCUUAUCUGCAAACUACCCAAAAAGGUUUGGUGUCAUUCCACCUGAAGAAUCUUUUUCUGCAAACAAUAGAAGAAACAGGCACUGAAAUGUGGACCGACGAAAACAGAGCUGAGUGCAUGAAGAAGGUCCUUGCAAACCUACUAAAAGCCCUAGAAAAGAAAGAUUUGAGACAUUUUUUUGUAGGAUCUUACAACUUAUUUUGCGUUGACUACAUAAGAAACCCUGAGAUUCUGGAAUCAGUAGCGGAUACAGUUGAACAGCUCUUGGAGAAUCCCAUACAAAUGGCAAAGAAGUUGAUUCAGGCCACGCCAAACGAAAAUCCAAGACAUGUUGUAAAGCAACAACGCGUACCAGCUAACAAGCAAACACCGUCUAUCCAACCCGAAACAACCACAGCUAGCGAAGAGCCUUGUGGGAAGGUCAAGAAGCCUCCAUUCACCGCAGGCACUACUCAGAGAGAGCAGCGGAAAGAGAGUCCUCAAGGAAAUGGUCCAUCAAAAGUCUACCGACUCCACGAGCUAAGGGAGGAGUACCUGGCCAUCAGCAAAGAGUUAACCGAUAAAGCCUUCAACGAGGAUGAAAGCAACGGGCUGAUUGAAUCUCUUGACCCUCAGGAAAAAACCCUGGUGUACGAUCUUAGGGAAAUGAGAAAAAUUCACAAAGUCCAUAUCGAUACAAUGUAUAAAAUGUUCGACAAUGCGUGGCUGGUGGUCUUCUGCAAGGUUUGGUUUAGCAAUGAACCAAUAAGGCGCCGCGUGCUGCUUGGCAUUACGGGUGUGAUUGAACUGUAUAAGUAUUUGUUGAGGCAGGACGACUUUGCACCAGGGAAUGAACAAGCUCUGAUCAGCAGAUUACUUAAUCCUGAUGCUAAAGAUCCUUUCGAUGUGAGUCAUCUAAUGCCUGUAAAACCAGGGGAACAAAUUUUUAGUAGAUUGUGCUUCAAACUAGAGUCACAUCAAGCUAAAUCAGAAGCCAACGAUAUUCCAUUAGAUUGACAUGCUCAUUGCGAUGGAUAGCAAGUUUAUCAUGAGCCUUAUAUAAAUUAAUCAUAUUCUAGACUUAAGGACAACAAAUAUAACUGAGAUUUCAAGUCACAAAGUUAGGUGAAAUACGAGCAACUAAAUUGAAUUUACCCAAGUGCUUACAUAAAAGAAAAUAAAACAUAUACCUUAAGAUGUCUCAAGCAAACCAAACAGUAGAACGUAUUUGUUUUAAGACACCAAAGGAGGAUUUUCUUUACCAUUUCUUCAAGCACUUUUAUAUUUUCAAUUCCUCGGAGGAGAAAAAAAGCAAAAAAAAUGAGCUUUCCCUUCGAAAGUAAACUUAAAAGGAAGCUAAUAUUGUUAGACGUUUCGACCAAGUUAAGCUGAAACUUACUAAAAGAAAAGUGAGUUAGUAUUUGGAAGUAACAUUUUCUGACAAUCACUCAAAACAGUCGUAUUUUUUAAAAUAUAGUGUCCUUAUAUGAGUCUCCUCGGAAAAUGUUCGCUAACCGUUGACCAAGAGGCCUGAGAAACCCUAGGUACAAAGCAAUUGACGUUUUCCUAGAAUCCUUUACUUCGUCAUCUCUAUCAUUUAGACUUAAAGCAAAGUUUUUCACGGUUCAGCGCAUGUUUAUUAAUCAAAAUGCUGUUUUUCUGCCGGGACAUUCUGUAUCGUCUAUGCAAGCAUUAUGAUCAGGUCAUAAUGUUUUCAAAGAACCAAUCUGGACACCCCCCUGGCAGUCACUUGAUCACCUAAUGUGCAAAUAGCUGUAAAUUCAUCAACCAUGGAAUAAAACUGUUCGGGUCAACAAUAAAUUCAACUUUGGCAGUGUUGGCAUAAUCCACUAAUUUUUUCUGAGAUUUUAGUACUUUUGUAUACUUAACUUAAAUAAAUCAUAGGAAACAAGGUUUAAACUGAAAAAGAAGGUGACUGUAUCGCUCUAAAGAAAAAAAAAUACAUAGAGAAUAAUACAUGGUCGCGCGGAGAUAUGGAAUUUAUCUUCGAGUGUUCACAUCGAUAUCGAACGAGUGAGCGCAGCGAACAAGUGAGAUAUCGAAUGUGAACACGAGAAGAUAAAUUCCAUAUGUCCAAGCGUCCAUGUAUUAUUCUGUUUAUUAUAUAAACAUACUGAUGACGGCGUUUUUGAUGAUUUUCCGAAGAUUUCCGACCACCUUCCGAAGAUUUCCGAAGAUUUUUCAAAUUGUCCCGAAGACCAGACGAACGUUCCCGAACAUUUUCCGAGAAUUUCUGAAAAUUUCCGAGGAUGUCCGAAGAUUUCCGAAGAUUGCCGAGCACUUUCGAGGAAGACCCGAAGAUGUUUCGAUGAUACACCAACGAAUUUAAGUACAAUUUAAGAGACAAACCUGAUGUCAGUGAAAUUAUCGAUAUCUUCACAUGUAAAAAUAUCGUAUUAGAAUAUCGUAGAUACCACAUUUCUCGGUGGUAGAAAUCCUUGUAAAAUACUGCAGUUUAUAUAAUAAAAUACAAUAAUUUUAUUAACUCUCUCAAAGGGCUAUUCUGAAGUUAAUUUACAAAUGCUAAAGAGAAGGGAAUAAGAAGAAAAAGCUUAAAAUAAUCACAAUCUUGGUACAAAAAUAAAAGUUUAAACUAUGCGCGUGCAAUUACGUUAUCUCUUUGGAGAUCUAAACUAAAUCAAAUAUUUUAACUAUUUAACGCAUGGGUUCUGCACCCGCAAUUCGCGUUUGACGCUCCUCUUAAGGUGGCUGAACACAGUUUUGGCAGUUUUUGAUUAUAUGUCAUUUGCCAAAUCAUGGCAAGAGAAAGGUUGCUGCUCACAAGCUGAAACUUGGCAAGUGAAAAGUGUACUGAUAAAAGAUUUUGAUUGACAGGUAAAAAUUGACGUUUUCGUAGUUUCCAUGGCAACAUGAACGAUUGAAUACAACCUGAAAUUUUCACUUUUUCUCAGUUUACAUAAAACUUGCUCAUUAGAUUUUCCUAUUAACUUGCACACAGCUUACUAUAAUUAAUCAUCACCAUUUGAAACUUAUUUAACCAAAUUUUAACAGACGGGUUUUUAGAUAAUCAAUAAUUUAAUUGUACUGUAAUUAUUAAAUGUGUCAAAAAAUUCGUCUGUUCAACUUCCAUUUUAAAGUUCUCAUUACUUAAAAUACAAUGAAAGGAAAGAUUCUGCCAAAUAUCACAAAAUUCUUAUGAGUAGAUUUUGAGAGAUCGUCUUCUGUGUACCAUUGCUUUUUCGCCGCCAUGUUUGUUUGUCUAAUUUAAAACACGCGCCGUCACGCAAGUUACCGCUGACCAUCCGCAAAACUGUGUUCAGCCACCUUAAAGGUACAUAGUGACGGGUUAUUCCUAGUGUCUGCGGUCAGAGAGUUCCAGGCACUUACAGCGCGAUAGUAAGAUGACCGUUGCGCGGUAACUGUUCUGCAUAGAGGGAGAUUUAGAUUGUCCCUUUUCCUCGUGUUGUAGUGGUGUGUAUCUGAUCGCUUACUGAGUUUACUACUUAGGUACAACGGGGUCAUUAACAAUUUUGUAUACUUGGGUAGUAUCACGGACUAACAGCUGAUCUUUGACGGAGGGCCACCCUAAUUCCCGAAGAACAGGCGAGAUGUGAUCAAACUUUUUGGUAUCUGUUAAUACGCGGGCUGGGAAGUUUUGCACUAAUUGUAACUUCAGUAGAUUUUACUUUGAGGUGCCUGCCCAGACAGUGGAACAGUAAAAAAGUUUACUAAAAAUAAGAGAAUUCAAAAAAGUUGACAAGACAGGUUUAGUAAACAGGUGUCUGACCCUACUGAUCGGACAUAACAUGGACAGGAGAGACGAUGUUAACGUGUUUACAUGAUCAUUAGAGUUGAGGUAUGAGUCCAGUGUAAUGCCUAAGUCUUUAACUGAGGAUACCGGGGUGAGUUCUUGGUCGAGAAAAGCUACUCUGAUGUCUGAUACCUUGCUUAGGAGCUGCUUUGUCCCGAAAAAAAUAAGUUUGGUUUUGCUUGGAUUUAUCAGUAAUUGGUUUGAGCAGAACACAAAUUGGUGUGAAAGAACUGUUCAGUCUAUCUUGUGCAACUGCAUGUGAAGGGAAAGUCCCUUUUUUUCCUAAAUUCUGUGAUUAAACUUGAGUAAGAGUUGCUGGUCUAGUGGUUUGGAUAAAGCUCAUGUAAAGAAAUUUGCAGAUUCCUCGAACAAACCUGUAACGAAAGCUAACGAGAGUAAUCUGUUUGUGUUUUUGAAACUGACAGCAGUGAACCCUACUGCCAGUACACUUUGAAAGUUUGCGUAGUCAAAGAUGGAACUGGGAUUCCUUUGGUGAGACAUUUUUGACUUCUCAGGGUUUUGAAAGAUGUAAAAAUAUCAGAAACAUUACCCCCAGUGUUCCUGGGUUCAAAAAAGGUGAUCCCUGAAAUGUGUCACUUACGAUUUAAAACAAGCAUGACGUUUUCUUUUUGAAACCUCAUCACGCUUGAUUGGCCGAGAGAUUACUGACAAACCCGAAAAUGUUCUAAGAAACCAAAAGUCCCAGUUCUUUGAAAUUUCCCUCUUUUAGUGGUUGUAAACUCUUAAUAGUUUCACUGUGCUUAACAUUUGUGCUCUGCAUAAUGGCGGCGAAAGGCACCCAAGAGCAGGAUUCAAAUCCUCAGGAUCUAAACUUGAUUUACAAGUCGCUGGGAGAAUUAGAUAGCGAAGGUGAAAAGUGGAAGGAAUACACAGAAAAUGUCACAAGCUUUAUUCUUGAAAACCUAUCAAAGUUUCUGGGCAAAACAACUCAGAAUCGCGUCAUGUUUCGACCUUAUGGAAGCGCUGCCGAAGAUUUAAAAUGUCAAGACCCCAACGACAUUGGAGACGUGGAUAUCGUCAUAUUUCCGACUGCAGAUAACUUAGCGAUCGACGAAGAACUGAUCGAAUAUUUACCCGAAAAUGUGAUGCACGUCAGAGUUAAAGGAGCCGGACACCCUGUGUUGCAAUCCUGCCUUGUAGAAGACACUGAAUACGUGGCCACUUCGGCAUUAAAGAACUUUCAUCCAGCAAUCUAUGGAAGCGCAUCGCCUUACAUAGUCGACUUCGUUAGUAACAUGUUUCAGGUAAUGUCGCGCAAGGAGUUUAUACCUGCUUUACAAUUUACUUGCGAAUUAAAAAACAAAACGACCAGCCCCGCUGUUACCUUAAACUUCGCCCAAUCAUUUGGCUCUAUGUUGGAAGAAUUAGAGCAGAUGAAAGACGACAAAAAUCGUCCCACACUUGACGCAAGCGUUUUGGAGUUUCUCGCCCAAUAUGUUUGUGAGGCCAGAGGCGUAGAGUACACCAGG